GCUGUCGACAUCAAUUCCAUCAUUCGGCCAAGAUGGCAGAAUCGGCUGGCGUAUACUGUCCGCUGCCAAGUGAACAAGAUAAUGUAGAGCAGGCCAAAGGAAAUCCUGCUCUCGACUCGUCGACUUUCAUUCCACCGGCUCCACUGAUGUCACCCAGCAUUAUCAUAGAAUUCUGCGACCGAUGUCGAUGGCUCCAUCGAGCGACCUGGGUUUCCACAGAGCUAUUCCUUACAUUUCCGCCUCCAGUCUUGAAGGCGAUAUCAAUCAUUCCCCUGAACUCUGAGGAAACUGGAGGUCGUUUUAGGGUCUGGCUUAACCUCGAAGGCAGUCCCCCUCAAUUGAUGUGGGACAGGAAGAUCGAGGGUGGUUUUCCUGAACUGAAAGGUUUGAAGCAGCGUAUACGCGACUACGUACAACCUGGAAAAUCUUUAGGUCAUUCUGAUAAAAAGAGCGAAUGA